AUGAAAAGAGUCGUCAGUUCUGAUGAAAUCCCGGCGCAAUGUCUGGGUGAGACUGGCGCACUGAGCUACAAGCCACCUACGGAGCAGGAUUUAAAGGACUCAGCCUCCCUUGAAGAGGCUUUGGCUCAGAUGAACAUUUUCGAAACUUCAGAGGAAAUCAUGCAGCGUCGCGAAGCCCUUCUCCGUCUUCAAGACAUUUCGAACAAAUGGAUCUACAAGAAGGCCUUGGAACAAAAUCUUCCCGACCACAUCGCCAGUGCAACAACAGGAAAGAUAUUUACUUUCGGUUCCUACCGCCUUGGCGUAAAUUUUCGAGGCGCCGAUAUUGACGCCCUCUUCGUCGUCCCGCGUUUCAUAACCCGGGAUGAAUUCUUUUCCGAAUUCCAAGCCGUUCUUACAGAGGAGGAGGCAGUAGAGGAGAUUCACGCCGUUGUGGAUGCUUUCGUGCCCGUACUUAAAUUAAAGUUUAUGGGCGUCGAGGUAGGCCACAUGGAUUCAUCCCAACAAACGUUCUAGAUUGAUCUUCUUUUCGCCCAAGUAGACAUGAUGUCUGUACCAGAGAACUUCAGCCUCUCCGAAAACACCGAACAGCUCCUAAGGAACAUGGACGAGAGAGACGUGCGAAGUGUAAAUGGUGUUCGCGUCACAGAGGACAUCCUCAACUUGGUGUUCGAUAAGGAUGUAUUUAAAACAGCUCUUAAAGUAAGAUCUGUUUAUUGUCCACAAACUUCCUUUUAUUUUCUGCACAGGUAAUAAGACUGUGGGCGAAGCGCAAACAGAUUUACUCUAACGCUCUGGGCUUCCUCGGUGGUGUUAGUUGGGGCAUAUUGACCUGCCGGAUCUGCCAACUCUACCCUUGCGCAGCGCCAUCGACUAUUGUAUACCUUUUUUUCACAAUAUUUAGUCAAUGGCCAUGGCCGAAGCCCGUUAGACUCCGGGACUCUGAGUACAUUCCCGGCUUGAACCUGGCAGUGUGGGAUCCUCGGGUAAGCAGUGCUUCAAUUCAGAACACGGAUUGAGAUUUUUUUGCACUAACUGAACUUGCAAUUAUUACGCUUCUGAUCAUGACUGAUCUUGCGGAUUUCCGUGAUUUUGUGGCCGGUAUCCGUCUGUGGUUCCCGCCGACGAAACUAACGACCUCGGCACACUUCUGCGGAUGCUAAGGGCAAAUUUGUGGUGUUCAAUAGCCACUUCGAUCCAGAUGGACAGUGUCAGGCCAAGUUUCGGACUGAAGGCGAAAUUUCGAGUCCCAGGUGUAUGCAUAAGUGAAGAAGAGUCGCGCACCGGAAUAAAAGAGGCCGAGAAUUGAUUGAAACCUGGGCCUCGGAUGAGAACUCGGUCAAUCGAUUUAUCGAUCUGGCGCCGGCGUACAGAGCCCUGCGUAGUCACCUCCAGUCCUGCGCCGUCGGUCGAUAAUUGGCCUGCAUGCCUUAUAACUGUCGCUUGUUCUGCUGCUGCUGCUGCUUCCUCUGACGAUGGACUCCUGUACGAGUCUGAAAGCUCAGGACAAUAAACAAAGUGUUCCGGUGCUCGACUCUUCUUCUUCGCUAAAGUUUCGGACUGUUUGCCUCUCGUUCUCUCCCGGUGUGAGGCAGUAUCAAAGCUCAUUAGACGAGAGAUAAGGACUGUCUAUACCACUUAGACUGUCUGUCUAGGGUUGUUUGAACAAUCCCUCGUUGAUGGUCCCGAAGCAGUGGGAACAGAAAAAAAAAAUUAAAUUCAUAUUUCAAACACGGCCCAGCAUUCAUGACUCUAGAGGAGGGUUGGCCGAAGAGACAACCAAUGAGUGCGGGCUUCUUUGAUGGUGUCUCGAUUGCCUAGAGACGUCUUAGAAUAGCUGGCAAAGAAAAUGCGAGUUUCCCAGCAUUGGGCGACAAUGUUGUCGCCCCUCCACCCACCUAAUACCUCCUUUUCCGGAAUUACUUCGAAGGAUUAGUAGUAUAAAUGACUCACAGUUAUUCCAUCUCGAAAAGCCAUGCUCACUGGAAGAAGCGCGCUCACUUUCUGGCCUUUCCAAUACGGCCUUCAGAUAUUUACCUUGACCGUCCACUUCUUCGAGCUAACGAUCGCUAACCGCGAAAAAUGUCCUGUAUUGUUCGGGAAUGCAAACCGAGUUAGUUUAUACAGCAAUGGCGGCAAGACUGGUUGUACUUACUUGUACUUGAUACGGCUGCGAUCAUGCCUGAUCUAGCCGGCCUCGAUGAUGUCCCGAACUGUACCUCUCCACGCGUGACGAUCCGCGCCAACAGAUCUGGACAGCUUAGCCCAUUCCCUUCGCCAACGACGUAGACCGAAUACCGAAGGUCCAAGAACCACCUCCAUGUCUUGACGGACAGUGUCGAGCCAGGUUUUGAACUGACCCCCUCUUCGACGCCUCCAAUGAGGCAACGGUGCCGGAUCGAAGGCAGUAACACUGAGCUCCUGAGGUGGACGACGAAUAACAUGCCCGAACCACCUUAGUCGUCUUUCUUGGAUGGCCUGAGUUAUCCUUGCCAUGUUGUCGCAGCGAGCGCGGACUGUCCCAUUUGAGACGAAGUCGGUGAACUUCACUCGAAGGAUGAUCCUCAAGCAGUGGUGGUCAACUACCUCCAGUUUUCGCUCAUCCUCCACGCGCAAAGCCCAGCAUUCACAACCGUAGAGAAGGACAGACCGGACAGAUGCACGGUACACGCGAAUCUUAGUGGCGAUGGAGAGGUCACGUCGGUUCCACAGGCAUUUCCGAAGGCUUGAAAAAACCCAGCCGGCAGCAUCGACUCGGGAGACAAUGUCGUCCUUGCUCUGUCCAUUAGGCAGCAGCCUCGCCCCGAGGUAUUUAAAACUGUCCACUUCUUCAAGUUGACAGCCAUCAAUCCCCAGGGGUGCCUUUUCCUGGUCAGGGAUGCAGCUUGAGAAUACUUUGGUCUUCCCAGUGUUUAUGGACAAACCGACUGAUUUAGCGACCUCGUUCACCCGUGACACCAUAGACUGCAGAUCACCAAAACUUGAAGCAAGUAAGGCGAUAUCAUCGGCAUAGUCGAGAUCAGUCAGUCGAUGUCCGGGUGCAAAUUCAACGCCGUCACUGUCGCGUAGGGCCUUCCCGAGGAUCCAGUCAAUAGCGUAGUUGGACAGUAUGGGUGACAGGAUACAACCCUGUCGGACGCCAGACCGAAUACCGAACGGUUGGGAAAGAUUGUUACGGACCAGGACUCUCGCAGUAGUGGAGCGAUAGUAGGCCUUGCUCAUGGCGAUGAUUUUUGCCGGUACACCAUCUAGCAAAACUGGUUGGUCUGGUGACUGCUUACUUGAGACUAUCGCAAAUAAAGUAUAAUCACGUUGCUCACCAACUUGCCACCACGCACGGAAUUUUUGUAGUUUUUGGGGUCACUUUCCAGUUUAUAAAGCACUGUAACCGAAGUGAAGCUUGCUGCGGACUAUUCGUGUUCGUGUUCAGUUGUCAGCCUCACAGGAUUUAAUGUCCCAAUACAUGCCAUCAAAAAUCCGUGCCACAGUUCUUUUUCUCGCCCCGCUUCCAAACAGCACCGCAUUUGACGUUUAGAUCUUCUGCCUGUCACGCCGAAAACGCUUUAUUUACAGACUGCCCGAGCGACUUGCUUGCACUAACGUCUUUUUCUCUAUAGCAUAAUCCGCCCGAUCAGUACCAUCUGAUGCCUAUUCUUACACCGAGUUACCCGUCUCAAAAUUCAACUUACAAUGUCCAACGGAGCAAUCGCAUUAUCAUUCAACGUGAAAUUAUGAAUGGUAAGUAGGCUAAUUUACUCGUGCAUUUUGUUGACUCUGGUCGCAAUCCCCGCACGAGGGUAUAAGUUGACGCGUCACUGUUUGCCGCUUAGCCGAGUUCUUGGGAACCUGUACUAGUUUUUAGCCUCAUGGGCUAGUUUGGUGUCAUUGUCUACUGCAAGUGCACACAUUCGAUACCGAAUAAAACAUAACAAGGGGUAAGGCAUUAAUUUCCACUGCACGUUCUACAGCCGAGUGUCUCAUCACAGAGCAGUAGGAGUUUAACUGAUCAACAGUUUUGGCAAAAACUUUCGGAGGCACCCUUUUAUGGUACAGUCUCCCUCGCUAGAAGCUGCCAUUGACAGGCUCGACCGACAGCCUUACGCAAUCUGCCCGUACUUGCAGUAUAUUAGUAUGUGUAGUCGGGAAGCCGAGAUGAGCCGCAUAUGACCAUUUGUUAUUUCCGUUACAAAACGAGUAGCAUAAAUCACGCAUUAUUAAACUUUGCAUUUCGCCUUUACUCCACAGUCGGCGUUUCCAAGGAAUGCGCUGAAGUGGAGCUUGAUCCUCGGUAACGAAUUAAUCGAAAUUGGGGUUUGCCGAUAUCUUUGCCAUGAAAGGUUAAGAAUAUGUUCAGGAGAACGUUGAACAUUCAAGUACCGUUUGCAUCCGAUCGGUCUAAUCAAAACACACAAUAUUACAAUGGAACUGCUAUUUCCGUCAGCGAUCUCCCAGGUGAAAGAGAGCCAGCUGAUAUAAGGAUCCACACGACUUGUCGAUCUCCGUUACUAGGCGCUGACGCGAUAACCAUCUACUGGCGAAAAACGAGGUCCAUAACUCUUACAAAUGUGUAUAAAAUACAUAGAAUAUCUUUCGUUGGUGGUUAAAAGUUGCCUGAGACCUAAAAUGUAUAUAGAUUGACACCGUUGCAACGGGGAGUUGGGUGGUCAUCACCAAGUCUAUCGGACGUCGCGUAAAAGUGGUCGGUCACUCCGUCGACAUUUGCAGUCUUUGACGACAAGGACAGCUAAGUGAAAUUGAACAUCUUCAAAUUGUAGCUUUUUAAUUUCCUUAAAAAUUAACUGCGAACUUGGAGUAGGUCAGUAUAUUUAAGGUCAAUAGGUUCAGACCUAAGUUUUUAUGCAUGAAUGUUUUGGCCGAAGUCAAUCAGCCACAGGAAUGUCUACCAGAAAGCAGACAGCGAAUGCUGAGGGACCCAUUGGCGAGCCGAACCCCACGCAGCUGUGUCAUGCAGCGGCAGAAUAUCGGCGAAACACGCGUGUAUGGGCUUUUGGCUAGUACCUGUGCUGUUAGUAUGUAACCACCUUACCCUAAAUGUUUAAGCUGUAGCAAACGUAUUGACAAUAGUUGGACACAUCUAAACUGGAAAAUAAGAUGAGCUUACAAAAUCACCGUAUCAUCUCCACUACCAGAAAUGCCCCAAACGGCGAUUGGCGAAAUUCUUAGUAAACUCCAAAAUAUGUCCGUGCCGAUCUAAUCGGCGUCUCAGGGCAAACUGACUCCGUCCUCUAAUGGUGGAGACGGAAACGGGCACCCACCUUCAAGCAGGUAGACAGCAAUGGGGCAGAGGCAGAUGCUCGUUUUGGGCGGCUUUCUGCCUGAUUAAUAAUUUUCUAACGUGCGAGCGGCUUCAUAGGAGCGCCUGCAGCGCUGCCAACGAGCCGCCGCUUGAGUUCCCCUCCCUGUUCAGAAUCGUCUUCUUCCAUGUCAUAAUUAUCCCUGAAUCUACUUUGCAUUUACACUUUCGUACCUUGUAUAGGUCUGAAUCUAAUGAAGGAAAUCCUCCUACGGCAGCGUCCCUGGUCCGAUCUUUUUGAACCUACCUUCUUUUUCACCUAUCGACAUUACGUUGUUGUGAUCGUGACGGGCGAGGAGAAACGUUCCUUUGUGGAACUCUGUGGCCUUGUGGAAUCCAGACUGAGGGUUCUUGUCGGCAACUUUGAGACAAAUCGGUACGUGAAGAUCGCACACGUAAACUGCCGGUCCUACGGCCGAGGGCCACAGGACUCCACAGAUCUCGUCAAGAAGUGGUUCAUCGGUAUGGAGUUCGACAGGAACGCAAACUCCAUGACAAGCCUGACGACAGUUCACGCACCUAGUAAUGGUGGCGAGAAGCCGAAACUCAAUAUUGACCUCAGUGAUAACAUCAGCUCCUUUGAGAAGUCUAUCGAACGUGGAAUUUCUUGUGACGAGUCGACGAAUACAGUCACAGUGAAAUACGCGAAAAAGUAAGCUUUCAGGGCAUCUUUCUCUUUUCUUUCAUUGCGGACUCAUAGCAUCGGUUAUAUUUGCUCCUCUCUCGGCUCCAAACGUCCCCAUCAACGUAUUACAUGUCCAAAAAGAGUUUUACAUCUCAUAGGAGUGGCCAGCACCAAUCUAUCCUUAUUGCAUCACGCGGUCGCAACACGACAAACAAUUAAAAAUGAAGAAGAUUUGCCGACAGAGAUAGGAACGAGACUGGCGUAGCUCUUUCUGGCUUGUUUACCGUCGUUAGCGAGACUGCUCGUCCAAGGUUUGGACCCAGGCCAGUAUACCAUGCAGUUGCUGCAGAUGUCCAGAGUUAUUCAGUUACAUGGGCAAGUAGACAAUUGACCAUACCAAUAUCCCAGUCUUCUUUGAUCGUUCGGCCGUUGCAAAUGAUAACGUCCAAAGCGAAGGACACGCGAUCGCUUGAACAAGAGCUUUAUUAGCCUGACGUUUCGGAUUCCCACUUAAAUCCGUCAUCAGAGACAGAGUCAGAUAAGAGUGGUAAAUUGCUCAGGUGUUGCAGUAUUUAUAGGAUGCAGUUGCUAGGCCGCCGCAUGCCUAUCGCAGUUGGCAGCUCCCGAGUGCAUCACGGCUCGACGGAUGCCAACUGCGAUAGGCAUGCGACGGCCUAGCAACUGCAUCCUAUAAAUACUGCAACACCUGAGCAAUUUACCACUCUUAUCUGACUCUGUCUCUGAUGACGGAUUUAAGUGGGAAUCCGAAACGUCAGGCUAAUAAAGCUCUUGUUCCAGCAAUCGUGUCUCCCUCUUUGCGACUACUUCCUGGAACUCGCCUCUUCGCAUCUAUUAGCAAACGUCCACCGCGUACUCCACGGAGUGGGCGUGGCACUGGUGACAUGCGUAGCAUCUACUACAGUUGUCUCCCUCGCUUUCCUAGUUCCCAUGGCAAGUCAAGGUUGUGGGGACUCCUAACCCACAGAUGUACCCUUUACUGUCCGCCACGUUAUCUGCACUCACCCUGGUGGGUCCUUUGUUUCGCUUCUGCCAUCUGAACGACCAAAUGCGGUGUCCCACAGUACUUGCUAACCUACCGCUGUGUUCGUACGCUUUCCACUGUUAAUCACGAUGAAUUUUGUACCACUCUGCAGUGGGACUCAAUCCUCGUUUGACAGCCCUCUGAACUCCGAGAGGGCCGAAUCAGAAUGCGCAGGAAUGCACUUUCUUGUUAAUCUAACUAGCUGUUGUUUCUUCCACUGAAAGCCCUAUCAGGCCUGAUGACAGGCUUCUGUGCUGUUACCUGCGACUGUCAGAAUUGUUGGCGAAUCCCAGCGCGCUUUUAUAGCGGGUCUUGGUGCGCUUGUUAUGGAUAUCCUUUACGCUCAUGACGCCGUUGAGGUGAGUGCGAAGGCAGUCAAGGCAUGCCGGAGGAUAAACUACAAAGCGAAGGUCAAAUUUCGCCGUUGGUGAUAUUUCUGCCCGAUUAUGGUACACGAUGUGAAAGCCCUCGGCUAUUAAACAACUUCUGCUAUACUGGGCCGAGGAUUCAGCCAGACUGACAAGGCAAAAGUGAGACUGACCAGGCGCGCUCAACCUUCUUCCGGUUUCGUAAAAACACUUAAAAUACGCGUAAAGUCAAUAUGAAGUCCAGGCCGCAAGUAUACGCCACUAAGAUUCGCGUGUGCCGUGCAUCUGUCCGGUCUGUCCUUCUCUACGGUUGUGAAUGCUGGGCUUUGCGCGUGGAGGACGAGCGAAAACUGGAGGUAUUUGACCACCACUGCUUGAGGACCAUCCUUCGAGUGAAGUUCACCGACUUCGUCUCAAAUAAGACAGUCUGCGCUUGCUACGACCACAUCGCAAGGAUAACUAACUCAAGCCAUCCAAGAAAGACGACUGAGGUGGUUCGGGCAUGUUAUUCGUCGUCCACCUCAGGAGCUCAGUGUUGCUGCCCUUCAUCAGACACCGUUGCCCCAUUGGGGGCGUCGAAGAGGGGGUCAGUUCAAAACCCGGCUCGACACAGUUCGUCAAGACACGGAGGUGGUUCUUGGACCUUCGGUAUUUGCUCUACGUCUUUGGCGAAGGGAAUGGGUUGAGCUGUCCAGAUCUGCUGCCGCGAAUCGUCACGCGUGGAGAGGUACAGUUCGUGACAUCGAGGCCGGCUAGAUCAGGUAUGAUCGCAGCCGUAUCAAGUACAAGUAAGUAUACGAGGUUUGUAUCCGGACAAUCCUUUGCAAAGGGGAGGCGUGGUCUCGGCGCUCAGAGGAUAUUCAUAGAUGCUGGUUGUAUUCUGCUUUUCCGAAUUCGCUUUUGUCGCAUCUUUAACAAACAGAUUUACCGUCUGCCGGGUGCACAACCGGGCGACUGCAUUUCCGUUACUCGGCGGCUUACACGGCUCGGCGACGCGUUUUGCCGACAUGGAGGCCGACUCCUUUGGGAUGCCUUACCCUGAAUCGGCUCUGACAGCCUCGAGAUGGCUAGCCAAAGACCUAAGUGGGUGGGUGUGGUCUGCGGGACUGACUAGUCUGCUGCCGUGUGGCUGCUGUAAAGAUAGCCUUAAUUCUGUGAACUGGUUGAGCCAGUCAUGGUGAGUUCCAUCACAGACACUAGCAAAAUGCGACGGGCACCUAAGCGUCGUCAGUGCUUCACGUCGAAUUGACAAGGAUCAGAUGAUUUACCGACUUGCAUCGUUUUUGGGGUCGGCUAGUGUUGACCGCGGCAUCGUCUUGUUUGUAACCGUUGAGGAGUCCUCGCUGCACGAAUGCGAUGGACUUUCUGAGCACUGUCGUUGAGAGUUUUGACCUCUCUAUGCCUCCAGCCUGCGACAUAUCUUUGCCCCCCCCCCCCCGGACAUGACUGGACACAUCUUCUCAUUUAGGUCCCAACUCUCCCAGUUUAUUUCCGCCGAGGAGAUGGAAGAGAUCAAGAAAAUGGCCGCCGCUACGACAGCUGCUGGUAACCAUGCCGUGCAGUCCGGCAGCACCAACCUUGCACGAAAGAGCUCCAGCUCGGUCAUCUCCGACUCCCUGUCGACCUGCGACUCUCCGGCCUCCAUCGCUUCACCCCUUUUGACGAGGGACUCUCCCCAACAGGUUCAGCAACCUGGCACCGAUGCCGAGGACUCCCAGCCACCCUCCUCAAAUGAUAGGAAGGAUGGGCGCAGUGAAGAGGACAAGGCAAAGGGAGCGGACACAGCGCCAGUAUCCCCCUCUAAGGUGAGCUUUAUGCCCCCUUUAUGCCCCACCCAAAGUUCCUAGACUGCACUUUUUUGGGGAUGGGGGAGGGGGGCAAGGAUGAAGAACCUGCUCUGUUUUUCUUUUUUUCAAAACGCUUAGGACCAAGCGUAACUUAUGUUGGCGGUCAAGUAGGUUUUAUGUAACCCCGAAAACCCCCUAAAGAAGCCGUAAAAGAAAGUACUGCCAUUCCGAAGAGGUACACGGAUUUUUCGCAUCCCCAGUCUCUGGGUUUCGCGCUCCUUUUGUUCACGUGGCGUUCUCAUGCAGUUUGGCAGUAGCAGUAUACCGUCGUUGCUGAUAAGCCCCCAAAUGAAAAAUUUGUUGAAGUUUCACUGCACUUUAUCCCCCACAUUGACGCGGGACCAAUCGGACGCAUCUCUGGGGAAGUUCAUGGACCCGAGGCACAGUGCGUUUUCUGGAGAUGGUAGUCUUCCAGUGCAGUUGCUGGAAGUUAUUGAAUUGCAGUUUACUGUUUCACUUUCAAUUUGGGCCCGACAUGUUAGAUCGUCCAUCGGAGAAUGACAACCACCAUAGCUCACCCAGGGAGCAGUGGCAGCCCCUGUGCCAGUUGAGCUACAGUGGGAGGGACUCGCAAACCACCUAUCACACCUCGCGCGUCAUGGCAAGACCAGGCCAAAACAACAGGAGGCGCGGGCAUGGGUUCACUGGCUGACCAGGCAUCCGCCACGUCUGCGCGUACUACAUACAUGCUGGUCCCACAACAUGCAACAGAAUUCACCAAAUGGGACCACAGGGGCCGCGUUAAGACAGAGUCGCACUGUCAUGACUUCGAGACUGUCUUUGGCAGGCACAUAGUUUAGAAGUGUCCCCGAUUGCGAAAGACAGGAGGCUUGACGUAGGGUGAGCUUCAUGCUUCCUUCCCUCAGUAUGUUAGUAGCAGGUCGGAGUCAGGCCGGUUGAAGGGGGGGAGGUCAGGCACAGUGGCGAGAUAUUUUUCGUCCACAUGGACCACAAUUCCGGUCCGACCCCCGUCUAGAUCUGAUGCAUCAAAGUCGUUCGUCUUGGUACCCUAAAUUCGACCCAAAUAACUCUGAAUUCGCUCAUUUUUUUUUCACCGGAAUUAUAUCCCGAAGCUCGAGUCCGCAUCUCGUUAUUGGAACAAAAAAGGAUUUCCUGUACUCUGUUCCGGUUUCGGAAAGGUUCAAAUGAUUGCAGGAUUGUAUGUAGUUGUUAGAAGCGUCACCAUAAGUUCCGCCUUCCUUCUCAACAACUGUAUGCUGUAAAGUCAACAAGCCGAGUUCCGGGUACUGUGCCAACCUCCAAAGCGCCUAUUUUCCCUCCUAUACAGUGACUGUUAAUCAAAGAAGAGGAAUUUUGAAUGUCAGCGAAUAAAAUUAAUAAUUUGUAGAUGAUACAUUUUAAUUUUUAGGCCAUGUGGACAUGGUGUAUAUAGCCUUGAAAACCGGAAACGACAGUCGUCUGCCCGACUGUGCCACCUAUAACCCGCUCCGAAUUACCCUGUUCCUGUCUGUUCUUAAGAGACACUAAAAUCAUCUAGUUAAAGCAGCUGGUCGCAGUUAUCUACAAGUGACAGUGCCUCUUUCUGUGCCGGAAACUGGUGCCGAACAGGUGUCAAUAGUCUGUCAUCGAAGUCCUCUCAGAACACAACGUUCCGCUGUUAGAAUACUAAUGCCGGGCUCAUACGAUGUUCGACCGCGGGCCAUAAAAUUCAUUUUUCUUCGCCUUAAAGCCAGUCUUUAUGGUAGUACCCGAACAUCGUCAAGACAGCGUGCUGGACUCACGGAGUCGCGCAGCGCAGAAGGAACCGUUUUCCGUAAGCCAGCCAAGUGAGCUACAUUAUGUGCCGGGCCUAACUGCCACUUGAUCCGUAAGUCACUCUCCCCACUCGCGAGCCUUUUUCCAUCCAUUCCGAAGUAUAAUGCUAUCGGACUACUUGACGGUUGGAAGACGUAGAUAGUGACGUUGACAGUAUUCUGCAUUAUCACUUUUUAAAGUCCCCCACACCGUCUGACACUCGGCCAGGAGUGCGAAAACAUUCACCCACCCCUGUUGCUGCCAGGGGCGAUGGCACAGUCGACGGUCAAAGUGGAGAAACCGUCUCCGCGGAUGACGACGUAGCCCUGUCACCGACUUCUGCUGCACCAAAACGACGGUGUCCCGGAGAAGCCCUUCCUGCCGAAAACGGUAACUCCUCAGCUGCCAACCCGGAUUCUACUGUUCAUGUAGCCUCAUGACCAUCAGCGCGAGGGCUUCUCUGGUCAAUUGUGGUUCACCCCUCCGCUCCCACUCGGCCUCUGUACAUUAUGCCUCUCUCCCGCUUCCUCACACACACACUGUCUCUGCUCCUCCAAACCCCCGCCCGUCUCCAGAGUGCAUCUAGGUCUCCCACUAACGCGCACAGUAACUAUAUCUCGCUUUCCAUCACGUUUCCGCGUCUCCGAGACAGUCGCAGCCCGCGGAUGCACAGUCCUCAUGCGCAGCUCACUAACUGAUCCCGGGCCUAGGAUCGCUGUCCGUGAUUGCAGAAAUCCCCCUCCGCCUGCGAUCAAGGUGCGUGCGCACUUACCAUUGUUAGAUGAUUUUUUUUUCACCCGCCCACUCUAUUUUAAUAGUCAAUUAUGCCAGCGAAUCCUUACACGAGAUCACUAAAUGAUGACAUGUAUCUGCUGGAGCUUAAAAACGACCAAAAACGAACGAAUAGCCACCGUGAUAGCGAUAGGGAUGUUCAUUAGGGUAAGGUGAUACAAUACUAACAGCACAGAUACUAGCCACUUUUGGCUGGUAUCUGUGCUGUUAGUAUGGUAUCACCUUACCCUAAAGUAUACUACUAGCUGCCUGUCGGUAGUUAAUGAUUAUUACGCGGUUACCCGCCGUGGCUGAUGGACUUUGGCCCAAAUAUUCAUGCAUAAAAUUCCCGCUCUGAGCCUAUAGACCUUGAAUAAACUGAUCUACUCCAACUUCGUAGAUAAUUUCUGAGUGAUGUUCGUCUUGAAUGAGUUCGGAGAUACCGCAUCUGGUAGCAUGACGCCGGUGUAGUAGUGCUUUGUUAGAGCUCUGUUGCUGCGUUCCUUUUAUUACUAACUCAAGCCAACUUUAGGUGGUCCACCGUUCAGUGUUGUCACUGCCUUCAAGGCGAGUGCCCCUCUCCCCUCCGCGGUAGGCGCAUGCUUCAAGCUUAAUGUAAGGCCUAUUUGGUUUGUUUUGCGUGAGGCUGCUGAUUCUCUUUUACCGCUGCAGUUGCACUAUGUCUACUGCGCCUCCUGAAUCGCGCCCAAUCCGGUGCCUGA